UUGCUUGUUUUUGGUCCACAGAAUUUGACUGAUACAAGUGCUGUUUAAGCGCCGCUCUCUGUCAAAUUGAUCACUCAAAAGAAUAUUUUAUACUUAAUUUUCGGUAAAAUACGUCAGCUGGAUACCGGGUGUGUCUAGGUAUAUCUAUUUAUACCUCUAAUUAAAUUGUUUCCCGACCGGUUUUUGUGUUGUUGUGGUUUGAGGUGUGAAGCUGCUCCACAGCGCCGCCCUGCCACGUCGUCCGGUUUUGUAUGCUCCAAUCAUUCCUCGGUUUUACGACACAACACAAUUCGAGGUUACGAACGCCUAGAAAUGUUUGUAACAUUAUAUUGAUUAUAAUUGGGACGUCACUGCAUUCGUGUUCACUACAUGUGACAUUAACACGUUUUUUUUUUUUAGGGGGAAAUCAGCGUGAGCUUGCACGCCAAAAGGCUGCCAAGAAGGCGAACGAUACCGGCAAAGGGAAGAGAACUGACGACGGGCUCUCAGCCGCUGCUCGGAAGCAGAGGGAUGCUGAAAUAAUGCAACAAAAGCAGAAAAAGUCAGACGGUGGAGAGAAAGACAACCCAAAGUCCAAGUGAAGAGCUGACUUCAUCCCGUAUUCGGCUUCCUUCCUGAUAAAGAUAAACGCCUGUAAUGUCAUUUUUUAAAUAUCCGAGACUCAACAUAGAAUUCAGCCUACAUUCUCUUCUUAUGGCAAUGGAAUAUUUUUUUCUGGGGUGAAAUUGUUCGUCAUUAUCCCACACUGUGCAUGCAGAGGAGCGUCGGUGCUUUUAGUAGCAGGAGGAAGAUGAACAAUUGUCCACUCAAAGCAUCGUCGUAACUUUUUUUUUCUUGUAUAAACAUGUCUCCUAAUGAUUACAAAUAAAGAGUAUCUUUGUAGUUCA